AUGAGCGAGAGACGCAUCCCAUUCACGAUGCUGCGCCAACCCAGCUGGGAUCCUUUCCGGGACUGGCAACAUGGAAGCCGGCUCUUCGACCAGGCUUUCGGCAUGCCAGCCCUGCUCGAUGAAUUUCAACCCUGGUCGGGCACCCACUGGCCUGGUUACCUCCGCCCACCCGGCUCCACCAUGGAUGGAGGUUUCCUCGGCCCGUUCUCGCAGGGUCCUUACGGCCGGGCCCUGGCUCGUCAGCUCGGCAGCGGCAUGUCUGAGGUGAAGCAGACUCGUGAUCACUGGAGGAUUGGCCUGGAUGUCAACCAGUUCUCCCCUGAUGAGUUGGUGGUCAGAACCAAGGAUGGGAUGGUAGAAAUCAUUGGACAACACGAGGAGCGAAGAGAUGAACAUGGUUUUGUUUCCAGAAGUUUCACAAGGAAAUAUACACUCCCUCCUGGUGUGGACUCCGAAAAGGUGAACGCCUCCCUUUCUCCUGAAGGAGUACUGACCAUCGAGGCACCCCUUCCCAGACCUGCCAUGCAGGGGAAUGAGGUGUCUAUUCCCGUCUCCAAAGUAAAGAAAUAA